CAACCAAAAUAUCACUUAAAAACUCACAUGGACAAACACCACAUGAACUAUCACAAUUUAAAAAGAAAAUUGACAAUUAUGGUGUAUAAGUAGAUCAGUUAUAAAUUGUUCAAUUGACUGGGUGUCGAAAAAAUUUAACUCAAAGUUGCAUGAAAUUACGAUCUCACGGAGACUAGUAAAUAAUUCUUUUAAAACUGCACAUACUCUAUGUUUAAUACUAACUCACAACUUCAAUGAAACUUAUUUUUUAUUUAAAACAAUAUUGAUAAAUCUAGAACUAUUUUACUCUAAUGAUUUUACGCUGUCAACUUCUACUGUGCUUAAAGUUAUACAUUUUCCAAAUUUACUUUUGCUGUCAUAAAUAACCAUAUGCCUUCCGCGAUCGAUUUAAAAUAAUAUAUUUAAAAAAACUUAACAAAACAAUAAAUCAAUAUACCAUCACAGUACAUACGUAGCAAGUAAUAUAUAACUUAAGAGUUAGGUUAUAUCACUCAGUGUAUACAUUGAAGGGCUAUAUUUAGCAAUAAAAUAACUACAAAAAGCUAAUGUAGCAAACCAUCGUAGUCUUAGAUUAAGUUCAUUAAAUCACGUUAAAUAAAAUCAUUAGAAAUGAUAAACGACCUUUCAAAGAACCAAAUCGAAACGUAAGGUGAACGUAUAAUUUAUAAAUAUUACACAUUUUUUUUUCUCAAUACGACGAAGUUACCUUACAAUAAACAAUACAAAGGGGGUUUCCAAUCUGAAUACUAGUAAGUACUACUCCACCAAAACAAUUAGGCGCAUGACAGGAAUGCGGUUUCGGCGCCCGUACCUCGUCUCACCUCCCCGCGCUCUCCCUAGUGACGCGCAGUCGUGUACUCGCGCUCUGCAGUUACACCACGUGCUUUCGCGCCUCCUAAAAUUUUCGUUGUCAGUUGGGUUUUUGUUGAGUUUGUGUUGUUAAUUUUUGUUAAAUAAUUGUUAUUAAUUCAUUCUGUGUUGUUUAAAAGUCCCGUGUUGUUUUUGUUGUUGAUAUUUUUUGUUAACCUCAUAAUGGGUAGGAAAAAAACUAUCCGUGGGUCCGAAAGGACAAUGAUAUUAAAAGUAUUACAUUUUUUUGAGGAAGAAAAGUUGCAUGGAAUAGCUAUUCCAAUAUCUCAAGUGGAAAAGCGAGUGUGUACGGCUACUGGCAUUAGUCGACGCACAUUGGCCAGAAUAAAAAACGAGGAAAAAGAAGUUUUGGAGAAACUAAGGCUUUCACCACAGCCGGGUACGUCAAGCGAAGCCCCAACAGAGACAGUCAAAUUACCCACUCCAGGGAAAAAGCGAAAACAAAAGAAAAAGCUGGAAAUUGAUGACUUCAUGAUUUGUGCAAUUAAAACAAAAAUUGAAAGCUUUUAUGACGUGUACAAAGAAGUGCCUACAUUGAAAAAAAUUUUAAACGUUGUUAAGAGAGAUCUUAACUUUCCUGGUCAAAGAGAGACCCUGCGAAAAAUUAUAACAGAAAGUUUGGGAUUUAAAUUCAAAAAGUGCUCCAAAAAACGAGACGUGCUCAUAGAAAGACCUGAAAUAGCAGCGUGGCGUGCACGUUACUUAAGAAGAUUAAAAGAAAACGACGACUUGGGCCCGGAAAAAAAACCUGUUAUUUUUACCGAUGAAACAUGGGUCCACUCGCAUUACACUGUCAACAAGUGUUGGCAAAGUCAAACGGUCCCAGGCAUAAGAAAAAACGAUAGUGCUGGCCAACGCUGGAUAAUCGUUCACGCAGGAGGAGAGACUGGGUUCGUCGAAGGUGCAGACUUAUUAUACAAAUGUAAAAGUAGUAAAGGGGAUUACCACGACGAAAUGGACACAGAAAACUACACGAAAUGGUUAACCGAAAAACUAAUUCCAAAUUUGCCACCUAACAGUAUUGUUGUCAUAGACAACGCGCCCUACCACAGCAAGCAAUUAAAUAAGCCUCCUACUAUGGCCGCUCGUAAACAAGACAUGCAGAAUUGGCUGAGCGAGAGAAACAUUACGUUUGACCCGCGAAUGACAAAGGCUGAGUUGAAUUAUAUUAUAAUUCGCAACCGACCGGAAAAAGAAUAUUUAGUGGACAAACUUUUAGAGGAGAGCGGUCACGAAGUCCUCAGACUUCCACCAUAUCAAUGUGACCUCAAUCCUAUUGAGUACAUUUGGAACCUGGUCAAACAAAGAGUCGCCGACAAGAAUGUCGAUCAGUCAGAGAGACAAAUCGAAAAACUAGCCAGGGAAGCCAUACAAUCAAUAACGCAAGACGAUUGGAAAAAAGAAAUUAAUCACGUGGACCGGUUACGGAAGGCGUACUGGGAAAAGCAAGGUUUAGAAGACGCAAGAGAGUUAGUCAUAAAUGUAAAUGACGACAGCGAUGACAGUGAUUUGGAAUCACAUUCAGAUUUUGAAAGAAUGUCAGGGAUUGAAGAAUUAGAUUCUGAUUAGAACAAUUUUUCAAAUUAUUCCAAUAAAUAAAGUACAUUUAAUCAAUUAGGAGUUUUAUUAUUUCCUUUGCACACACAGUUCUCUGUU